GGAAGGGGCGGGCGCAGGCGGCGGGGCAGGCUGGAGGAUGCACGCGGGGCUCCUGGGGCUCUCCGCCCUGGUGCAGGCGGCGGAGCAGAGCGCGCGCCUCUGUACUGUGGUUUACUACUUCACCACAGGACAGCUUCUCUGGGGGUGGCUGGCCUUUUCUGUCCUCCUGCCUGGCUUCCUGGUCCAGGGCCUGAGCUAUCUGUGGUUCCGAGAAGAUGGGCAUCUGGGACGUGGCCUGUUGGUGAUGCUGCACCUCCUGCAGCUGGGUGUCUGGAAGCGGCACUGGGACACUACAUCAAGUGCUCUGUCAAAGGCAGAGGAGGCUCCCCACUGGGGACAGCUGUGGCUGCAGGAGGCUGACCUGUCAGCCCUCCGGCUCCUGGAGGCCCUGCUGCAGACGGGGCCCCACCUGCUGCUCCAGACAUAUGUUUUUCUAGCCUCAGACUUCACAGAUGUUGUGCCAGGAGUCAGCGCCCUGCUCUCCUGGUCCUCACUGUCCUGGGCCCUGGUGUCCUACACCCACUUCCUGGGUGCCCUGAAGCCAGGCCACCGCAUCAUGCCAUGGGCUGCCCUCUUCUGCCAGCAGCUCUGGCGGAUGGGCAUGCUGGGGACCCGCGUCCUGAGUCUGGCUCUGUUCUGCAGAGCUUACCGUGUUUGGGUCCUGGUGGUUGGAGGUGCCCACUGGCUGGUGAUGACGUUCUGGCUCGUAGCCCAGCAGAGUGACAUCAUCGACAGCACCUGCCACUGGCGACUCUUCAACCUGCUGGUGGGGGCCGUGUACAUCCUCUGCUACCUCGACUUCUGGGACAGCCCUUCCAGACGGAGGAUGGCCAGCUUCUACUCGGUAAUGCUGCUGGAAGACAUCAUUCUUUUGGUGCUGGCCACUGACUUCCUCCAGGGGGCCUCGUGGAGCAGCCUGCAGACCAUAGCUGGGGUCUUGUCUGGAUUUCUGAUAGGCAGCGUGUCGCUGGUUAUUUAUUACAGCCUGCUACACCCCAAAUCCACAGACAUCUGGCCAGGCUUCGUGAGGACGUGCAGAGGCCCUGCCGGCAGGGACAGCGCAGAGCAGGAGGCCCCUCCCCAGACCACGGCUCCAGCGGCCGGGAGGCCUGAGCGCGCAGAGUCCUGCCACGGAGAAAGCUGGGUGCUGGAGAAGACCUCCAGCCCAGAGCAGGGCCCUGCAGAGGCAGAGACGGGGGACCCAGGCUCCAGGGAGGGGUCCCUCCUGAGCCGCCAUCAUUGGCUGCUGGUGAAACUUGCUCUAAAAACAGGAAACGUGCCCAAGAUCAACGCAGCCCUGGGAGAGGACAGUUCUGGCUGCCCUUGUCCCCCCACAUGGGGGUCCAGUCCACACUGCAGUCUGCAGGGGCAGACCCUAUUUACCCAGAAAGCCCACCUGUCAUCCCCCCAUGAUGCUUCAACCCUAGAGAAAGGCUCCAAGUCUGAAGGGACCCCAAAAGCAGAGGUGGACACCUUGGAAACCUCGAGUUACAUCUCUUUUGCCAGUGACCAGGACAGCGUGCCCACCCGGAAGCCGUCAGCUCCACGCGGGGAGGACAACCCAAAGCAGAGAGCCAGGGCUGCCCCCAGGGAGCAGGGGAGGACUGCAGCGGGGCAGCUGAGAGGGAGCGAGGGACAGGAGAGCACAACAUUGUACUUCAGUGCCACCACGGAAGUGGCCACGUCCCCACACCAAGAGGGCAGCCCCGCGUCCCUGCUGAUGGCCCGCUCCAGGAGGAUGCCGGGAGAGAGCAGCCCUGCCCAGCCUCCCUUGCCCCUCACUGUGGCCAACAUCAGCCCCAUCCUAGGCGCAGGCCCGUGCAGACACUUCCGCCCCAGCCCAGGCCUCCCUGGACCAGCCCAGGGUGGCUCAGAGUGUGGGGAGUGGCAGGAGCCGGCAGAGGCCCUGAGCCAUCCUGCUGUAGGUGGCACCCCGAGGCUGUGGCCACAGAUGAGCCUGAGAUCCGCUGAAGAGCCCCGCCUCACGUCCACCCCCAAGUCCGAGGCCAUCCAGAGGGACUGCAGCUGCCCGGACAAGAUGAAGCCCGAGGCAAGCUUCUAUAUCUGACCACAGUCACAGUGAGACAACAGGUCACAAAUGGGGCCAGCCACCGGGUGCCACGAUGAGAGAAACCACCUCCGACGUCUUCCUCCUUGGACGGCUUUUCCUCCUCUGACUCGCCAUCCGCCCACCUGAAAAAUGAGGGAGCAGGAGUGGAUGCCCCUGAACCUCCUGCAAGAACGUCUCCCGUGGCACCUGCACAGGGGACAUCCUAGCACAGUGUGCCCGGGUGAAGGCUCCCAGGCUGCUCACCUCCUCCAGUGAACUAAAUGGUCCCCAUUUCCCAUCUUGGUGGCACUAGGAAACAAAGGUAAAACUCAGUUCUGUUUUACCCUGGGUUCUUGGUAACUAACUUUUCCUGACACUGAGUGCUUAUUAAUCUUUUAUUAAACGUAUUCCAACUGCAUUGUUUCUUGGAGUCACGCAGCUAGACAAUGCAAACUCUGGAAGCAGACGAGAACUCCGGUGCCUGGAGUCAACUGAACCCGCAAACGCCGUUCUGAGAUUUCCUCGCUCUUUGGCAGAGUCUGGAUGGUAUUUUUCAGUGAAAUCCCAGCUCUCCUUCCCGCAGGCCAGCCGGCCAGCAGUUCUUUGUCUGCUUUUGAUAACUGCCAUUCCGACUGGCGUGAGAUGAAACCUUAGAGUAAGGUUUUCCUUUAUCUCCAAACACUGCUUCCUCCUCCAUUCCACGUGAGAAACUAUCCAACUCAAGUGCAUCCAGCGAGGGCCACCAGCGCGCCCUGGUGACAGUUUCUUCCUCGCUCCUCUCUCUAGCUGACCCUGUGGGUAGGAAUUUCCAUCGUUCCUCUACGCCUUCCUUCAUCGCUGGCUAAGGAAAUCCAAUCAUAAACCCUCUAGAGAAAGGGCACCGGAGGGCUGUGUGCUGUUAGGGUGGGGAGCUUCUCCUCUCCAAGUGUCUCUGGGUCCAGGGACAACAUCAGAGACCCAAAGAGGACAGGAAUCCAGCCUCACUUAGGCCAAGACCACACAAACGUCAGCAGUGAGCUCGCAGACAUCCUCGUCACCAGCCAUGGAAGCCAAUCAGACGGCUCAAUGCAACAGUGAACAUCAACUAUGGGGAGUUUUAAAAGAAUGAGUGAGUCAGUGACAGUCACUGUGCCUCACAUCAUCCGGUUUUUUUUCCUCCUCUGCCUAGGUUCUCACCAGCUGAGUGAGAAGAACAUGGGCCCCUCAGUUCCUCCCAUUCAUCCUCUGAUUCUCAACUCCAGCACGCCUUUAAUUUUUUUAUUAGUUCUAAUUAGUUAUACAUGAUAGUAGAAAGCUCUUCAAUUCAUUGUACACAAAUGGAGAAUUUUUUACUUCUCUGGUCGUACAUGGAGUAACAUCAUUCGUGCAGUCAUGCUUGUACCUAGAGAAUGAUGUUCGUCUCAUUCCACCAUCUUUCCUACCCCUUGCCCCCUCCCCUUUGCCCCAUAUCCAAAGUUCCUCCACUCAUCUCAUGCACACCCCCCAUUAUGGAUUAGCAUCCACUUAUUGGAGAAAACA